AUGAACUGCUUUGGUUGGUAUGUCUUAGGCCAACUUGCCGCAAGCAAUAGUAGAAUUCAAUCAGUCGAUGUUGGUACAAUAAGUGUUAUCGAAGAUUUGAAUAUUCUUUUACAGCAAGAUCUUAUCGGAGUUAAACCAACCGAACUGUGUACGUACAGCGACAGUGAAUUACGGGAGAACAAAUUUGUAAAGUCACUUUCCCAGUCAACAACGUUAGUAGACGGCAGAGUCCAAAUCAAGAUGCCUUGGAAAGAAUAUGGACCACCGAGACGUAGCAACUAUAACAUUGCCCUUAAACGAAUGCACUCGACUGAAAGAUCGUUUGAAAGAAAAGAUUGCACCGAAGCCGUUAACGAAGAGGUUCAGAAGCUAUUUUCCCAAGGUUUUGUGACCAAAAUCCCCCCGGAAGAUGUAGAUCACACGAAACCUGAAUGGUACUUACCGCUACAGGCCGUAUUCACACCUAACAAGUCAACAAAGCUUCGCCUUGUCUUUGAUUCGUCUGCGAAAGGACAUGAUAAUUGCUCACUUAACGACCAUCUUGAGAAAGGCCCAAAUUAUAUCAACGAGCUUCCAAGUGUUCUUGCGGCUUGGCGAUGGGAUAACGUCGCGUACUCUGGCGAUGUACGCAAGAUGUUCAACCAGAUUUUGGUGCAUCCUGACGACCAAGUGUACCAUCGAUUUCUAUGGAGGAACAGUCCAACAGAAGAACCAACCGUCUAUCAGUGGCUGCGAUUGAGUUUCGGAGAUAAGCCAGCGCCAGACAUUGCAUCCAAUUCAAUUAAAGUUCUAGCCAAAGCGUCUCAAGUUAAAGAACCCCAAGCAGCAACAGAACUUCUGCAACAUGUGUAUGUCGAUGAUGUUGGAGGAUCCUGUUCAACUGUUCAAGAAGCAAAACAAGUCACUACAGGAAUUGAUACAAUACUUGAACAUGGGAAAUUCGAGAUCAAAGCGUGGCACUCGAACAGAAAAGAGAUUGAUCAGACGCAAAAUGAAAGAUUUACGGAUCUGCUCGGCCACAAAUGGGACAAGGAACUUGACAAGUUUACAUUCAAGAAAGCGGAAGUGAUCCGUACGCUCGAAUCGUUUACAAAGAGAAGUUGCCUUGCUAUUCUCGCCCAGUUGUGGGAUCCUAUCGGGCUCAUUUCACCUGUCACCAUAAAAUUCCGAAUAGACUUACAAGAUCUCUGGAGUUCGGGCUAUGAAUGGGAUGAUGUCUUACCCGAAGAAGCCCAGAAGAAGUGGGCGAAAAAUUUUAAGAUAAUGAAUCAUCUGUUGACCCUCCAGUUUGACCGAAAGUUGAAGCCGAGUGAUGCAAUUGGUCCACCACAGAUUCAUGGGUUCUCAGAUGCCGGAGAGCAGGCAUAUGGAGCGGUCAUAUUUCUUCGAUGGGAGCUCGAAGACAGCAGCUUCUACUGUGUUCCAGUCAUUAUCAAACCGUUUGUCGCGCCAGUAAAGAAGAAAAGUAUCCCCAGAUUAGAAUUGCUGGGCUGUCUAGCCCUCUCGAGGAUCUACGAUACCUGUCGGAAGAUAUUAGAUUUUGCAAACGUCAGCGAAGCAAAGAAAUUUCUAUGGGUCGAUUCUACAACAGUGCUAUCUUGGAUAACAACUCCCUCGAAAGAGUUCCGGCCCUUUGUCUCAGCAAGAGUCGCAGAGAUUCAAGAAACUGUUGGUACGAAUGACUUUCACUACAUUAGAUCCAGUUUCAACCCAGCUGAUGGCCUCACUCGAGGAAUUAAAUUGGGACAACUCGAAGAAUGGUUAACUGGUCCACUCUUCCUCACGACGCCCGAACCAGAAUGGCCACAAUUUAAAGAAGACAAUCAAAAGCGUAAUGUUGAUCUCUCGGAGACCAAAAGGGAAUCUAAACCUCCGAAGAAGUCGAAGAACAAAUCGACAUCUCAAGUUAGCUCAACCUUUAAAGAAGAGCUAGCAAAUUCCACCCCAGAAGAUUCGACAAAAGUUUCUAACGAGCCAAGAGUUCAAGCCAACGUAGCGACGAAAUAUGAAGUGGAAAACCCCAUUUUUUCCCAUCUACUAGAAACUUGCUCUACGUUUUCGAAAAUUCGAAGAACACUCGCAUAUGUUAAUCGGUUUAUCCAAAAUGCCAGAAACGUAAAUCGACAAAGAGGAUCAAUUACCGUGGAGGAACUUCGGAAUGCAGAGAAACAACUGUUUCAGUGGACUCAAUCUCACAUAACUGACAAUGCGAUUGCCGAGCAACUCCUUGUCGAGAAAGAUGAAGAUGGCCUACUCAGAGUACAUGGACGGCUCGAAGACAUCAGAACCCUUCCAAAAGAUAUGAGAAACCCGAUUCUCCUUCCCAGAAAUCACCCACUAGUCUAUCUACUUCUGCAACACAUGCAUGAAACAAAUCGUCAUUGUGGAUACCAACGAUUGAUGCACGAGGCGAGAAGAAAAUUUUGGAUCAUUGGACUUCGUGGCAUGGCGAAAUAUCUCACCAACAAAUGUGUCGUUUGCCACAAGCUACGCAAGAAACCCCUUGGUCAAAUCAUGGGGCAAAUACCAAGCCUACGAGUAGCUGCAGGAUUUCCUCCGUUUACGAACACUGCCAUAGAUAUGUUCGGUCCGUUUUAUAUUAGAUUGGGUCGAAAGACACUAAAGGAAGCACAAGUCAUUAUCUUCACUUGCAUGACUACAAGAGCGGUACAUUUGGAGCUCGUUAGCGACAAAAGUACGGACACGUUCUUAUUAGCAUUUCGGCGUUUUGCCAGUCUACGUGGUCAUCCAAGCACGUGUUGGUCUGAUUGUGGUACCAAUUUUGUUGGCGCUCAAAGUUAUCUCGAUGAAGUUAUGCGGAAUUGGAACAUUCCAAAAAUUCAGAGUGUUCUUUCCAACGAAUUUACCUGCGAGUUCAAGUGGCAGUGGAAUACACCGCAUGCGAGUCACCAGAACGGAGUGGUGGAAUCUCUGAUCAAAUCGGUGAGACAGGCCAUGGAUGCCACAUGUAAGAACCAAACAUUCACAGAAGAGCAAUGGCGUACGUUUCUUGCAGAAACCACUUAUCUAAUCAACAACCGGCCGCUAUAUCCAAGUUCAGAACGUGUUUGGGAAAGCCCGCCAAUCACAGCCAACGACAUCCUCAUCGGAUCACACAAUUCACCUCCACAACCGGAGUCCGAAGAAAAGAUCAAUCCUAGAGAUUUGCUAAGAAGUACAGAGGAUAGAGUGAACGCAUUCUGGAACUGCUGGAUCAAGUACUUCGCACCUAACCUUUUGCCAAGGAACAAAUGGUUUCGAACGAGGGAAGAUGUCAAAGUUGGUGAUUUGGUUCUGGAACUCGACAACAAGCACAGAAGAUCUCAAUGGAAAAUGGCGGUGAUUAUCGACACCUACCCAGGAAAUGACAAUCAUGUUAGAAAAGUUCGAAUCAAGGCGGAAAAUGGUGAAUACGAUAGACCCAUUCACAAGCUUUGCCUCAUCGCAACUAAAGAAGAAUUAAACGGAGAAGAGAGAUAG